AUGUUGCUGCUAGCGACGUCCCUUACGCUCCUGUCUUUCGCUUAUGCGUCCAACGUAGCUGGUGCCUGGUAUGCCGGCUGGCAUGCUACUGGUACUGACGCGUACACGCCAUCCGAUAUCAGUUGGGAUAAGUACAAUACGAUGUACUAUUCUUUUGCAACAACCACUUCAGAUGUAAACAGUAUAUCACUUGAAGGGUCUGAUGGCGAAUUUCUUCCUGCCUUUGUGACAGAAGCACAUGCAAACGGUGUCGAAGCCCAUAUUGCCAUUGGAGGUUGGGGUGGUAGUAUCUACUUUUCUUCCAACGUCGCAACAGCCGAGAAUCGCACUGCAUUCGUUAAGACAGUGAUAGACUUUGUCGAUCAGUAUGAUCUAGAUGGUGUCAACUUCGACUGGGAGUAUCCAAACAAACAAGGCAUUGGCUGUAAUAUUAUUAACUCCGAUGACACAGCGAACUAUCUCUCCUUUCUCCAACAACUUCGCGAAGAAAGCUGUAAUAUCACCAUCUCGGCAGCGGUGUCUGUGACACCAUUCCGUGAUUCCAAUGGCAAUCCGUCGACUAACGUCUCUGCCUUUGCGGAGGUUCUUGACUACAUUGCUAUCAUGAACUAUGAUAUUUGGGGUUCAUGGUCCUCUACUGUUGGCCCUAACGCCCCACUCGACGAUUCCUGUGCGACUUCAUCUGAGCAGCAAGGCUCGGCUGUUUCCGCAGUGAAGGCCUGGUCGAAAGCAGGCAUGCCCGUUGAUCAGAUUGUCCUGGGUGUUCCAUCGUAUGGACACUCUUUUAGUGUCAACUCCUCUAAUGCAUUCGUGUCGGGCACGAAGACGCUAGCCCCUUAUCCCGCCUUCAACUCAUCUAAUCAGCCCGUAGGGGAUGCGUGGGAUAAUACCGGGAGCGUGGAUUCCUGUGGUGUUUACCAAGGAUCUGGAGGUACCUUCAACUUCUGGGGACUGAUCGACGGUGGCUUCCUCAACUCGGAAGGUACGACUGCCGAAGGUAUCUACUAUCGAUUUGACUCGUGCAGCCAAACGCCCUACGUUUACAAUGAAACGUCUGAGGUCAUGGUUUCCUAUGAUAACGCAGCGUCGUUCACAGCCAAGGGCACAUUCAUCAAAAACACUGGGCUGCUGGGGUAUGCUAUGUGGCAGGCGGGUGGAGACUACAACGAUACCCUCGUCGAUGCCAUCAAUAGCGCUGUAUAG